UCGGUCACUCAUCGCACAUGCUACUAGUGUUCAUCUCUUUUACAUUAGCUAGGUAUAAUAAUGUUUUUAAUGAACAGAUUUGCUGUGCCCCUGAGGACUCUUCAGAAGCUAACGGGGGCGUGCCGAUGGCAUCAUACUAGUCUGACAAAUGACUUGAUUGAAAACAUGGACAAAAAAGCAACAUGGGACAGAUUCUACACAGAAAACGCAAGCAAAGGCAACUUCAAAAAUUUUGAGUGGUUCUUUGGCUUUCACUCAGUUCAAAACAUCAUUCUCCCUGUACUUCAGAACAUGUCUCAUUCCCACAGUGGCCCAUUACACAUCCUAGACAUGGGCUGUGGCACAUCCGCCUUAGGACCCUACAUUUACCAAAACUCUCCAUGUCCUGUCAAGGUCACCUGUGCUGAUAUCUCCCUAGUAGCAGUGCAACUUCUGGAGGAGCACACCAAGACCACACCAGUAGAGCCACAGAAUCAAUCCUCUGCUCUUGCCUUCCUAGAGCUGGACUGCACACUGUUAAAAGGACACUUUGGGACCAGAAACCUGGACUUGAUUUUGGACAAGGGUACAACCGAUGCUUUAGUUAGGUCUAAAGAAGGGUGAGUUAAGGCUGGUCAAAUAGUACAGCAAUGCUUACAGGUACUGAAACCCUCAGGGAUUCUCUUACAGUUCUCAGAUGAGGAUCCUGAUGCCAGGCUUGUAUGGCUGGAGACAGAGGUUAGAAGAACAAAGCUGGCAGCUGAUGUGGGAGUUCAAGAGGUGGGGGAAUUGAGAGGGGUCAGUUAUUUUUGCUAUCAGAUUACUCCUCGUAUUGCCACGCAUUUUCAAAUUUAAUGUAUGCAAA